UGGACACUGAAAAUGUCGGUUAUAUAUUUGAUAUUUGUCUCUGACAGUGGAGUACGAACACAUAUUGCUUAGAAACGAGUAGAAAUGUCGUGUUAAAAGACCAAACAGGUCGAGACAAUUGUAUAUUUGUUUUUAUCAUGAUGGAAAACUAUUGUUGCACUUUGUACAUAUGAUUUAACUUUGUACGGGGGAGGCUAUGAACAGCCGUUCAUUCAUGCUCAGAUGAUUUUAUGUCAAAGCUUGCAUCCGGAAAUACGAUAGGUGAUAUUUAAAAUUAUGUGACAUUAUUAAAUGUUUCAUUCGUACAAAUAUAAUCCUAUAUCCUAUAAUAUAAUACAGAAGAUAAAACGCACGCAAGUGUUUUGUAUUUCUCAAAUGACAGAAUGUUGUGAAAACAGAAUGCUGUGAAAACAGAAAGCCGUGAAAACAAUACCAAAACGUUAUUCCAUUUCGAUGACAAGAAAAUGGAAUAUAAUGGACCUGACUGUUGGUGAUUUGUGAAGCGCAAUCCGGAUAUGUUCUAAAGGAUGUGGUUUACCUGAAUUACACCCCUAUUAUUAUACUGGAUAUAAAAAAAAAGCUAAGGAAAGAAUCGUCUGCUUUUGGAUUAAGACGUCAUCAAACACCUACAAUGGCAAGCUGUGGUAUAUAAAUAAUUGUGAAUUCAUGGAAAGCACAAAAAGGUCUAAAAGAAUUCUGGAUUCACGGAAAGCAAACCUAAAGGAAAAAAGUGAAUGACAAAGUUUUAAAACGUUCACAAUACGAGUUAAAUUAUGUGGAUUCUGUUCAAAGUGUAGCUCAUUUUCAUGACUUUUCAUUGCUUUCUUAUGAUCUCGUGUUUAUUAUCGCUGCUCUUCCGCAAAUCAAACAAACAUAAAGUGUCGUAGACAAUAUUCAAAUUGGUUUCAUUGACAUUGUUCUAAAGAUGUCAGUAUAUUUCCUACGAAACGUUGAUAUGUUAAUUUUAAUGAGGUGAUUUCAACGGAAUAUACUUCAUUAUAUCUAGAAAACUUUGCAAUUUCAUGACACUCGACGUUAAAGCACAAUCAUAGCAAGUCACCGUCAUCGUUGAAAAUGGAAAUGUCCGAUCGAUUCGGGUGGCCGGACUACCUGGUUCUUGCUCUUGUAUUAGCGGUCUCCGUACUGAUCGGGAUAUACCAUGGGUUUCGCGGGGGUGGCCAGCAGACGACAGACGAGUACCUGUUGGCGGGAAGACACAUGCGUCUACUUCCGGUUGGAUUUUCGGUGCUGGCCAGCUUCCUAUCGGCCAUUUCUGUGCUGGGUGUUCCGGUGGAGAUCUACGCGUUUGGCGGAGCAUUCUGGGUGAACAGUUUCUCAUACUUCAUUUCUGUGCCCAUAACGGCGCACGUUUUCAUACCGCUGUUCCACCGCCUCAAACUGAGGAGUGUGUACGAGUACUUGGAGAUGAGAUUUUGUUACCGCAUACGAGUUCUUGGGUGUCUUGUUUUUACCAUUCAGAUGGUCGUCUACAUGGCUGUUGUAUUUUAUGCUCCUGCAUUAGCGUUCAGUCAUGUUAGCGGUCUUUCCAUGUGGGUGUCGGUGCUAGCGGUCGGUGUUAUAUGUACGCUGUAUACAACAGUGGGAGGUUUGAAAGCUGUGAUAUGGACAGACGUAUUUCAAAUUCUGGUUGUUAUUGCCGGGUUGCUUGCCCUGAUCAUUAAGGGAACUCUUCAGGCGGGAGGCGUGAAGAGCGUGUGGGACAAGGCGGCGGACGGGGGGCGACUGGACAUAUUUAAUUUCGACCCAGAUCCUCUCGUGCGACACACGUUCUGGACACUGGUGUUUGGGGGAGCCGUAACCACACUCAGUGUCUACGCCGUGAAUCAGGCACUCGUCCAGCGGUACCUGUGUGUACGAGAUCUCAAACACGCACAAGGGACCAUCUACUUCAAUCUUCCAACCAAUAUUAUGACCACUACAUUGCUGACAGCUCUAGGAUUGGUUGCAUAUGCCAACUACAAAGACUGCGACCCCUUGCGGAGUGGAAGGAUAACUCGUCUUGACCAGCUGGUUCCGUUGUUGGUGAUGGAUACUUUAGGCAUGGCCCCUGGGUUGCCUGGACUUUUUGUGGCAUGUGUGUUUUCCGCCGCUUUAAGCACGGUGUCGUCUGGUACGAACGCCUUGGCGCUGGUGCACCUGGAGGAUAUAAUAAAACCGAUCUUCAAAAUGGCGCGGGGAACUUCUAUGACAGAACGCUAUUCAACCAUUACGUCCAAGGUGCUAGCUCUAUUCUUCGGCGUCUUGACGAUAGGCCUGGCUUUUCUCUCGAGUAUUCUGGGACGGACCAUUCUUCAGAUAACACUCAGCUCCUUCGGCAUGACAGGGGGGCCUCUUCUUGGACUCUUCCUUUUAGCCAUUUUCUUCCCGUUUUCUAACUCUUGGGGAGCUGUUGCAGGCCUUACGUCUGCUCUUGGCUUUAGUUUCUGGGUGGCCAUUGGCGCCAUCGUCAACCGUCCGCCAUUACCAAUCCUGAGUCUUAAUACAGACGGGUGCUUGAUGAACACAACAAACGCCACCUACGACGUCGUCACGUCCUGGACUACUACUGCUUUCACGACCUUGGCUUCGGCAAACAUGACCUCGAUUCCAAAAGGAUCCGGAUACACGUCGUUGGAGCUGUACCGGUUGUCGUACAUGUGGUACAGCGCCGUCGCCGUCGUCAUAUGCGUCAUCGUCGGACUUGUUGUCAGUUUUCUCACUGGUGGGCAGCGAGGCCGUGUAGUGAACCCUGACUUGGUGAUUUCAGUAUGGGGUAAAAUAAGCAGAUGGUGCCCGAAGAACAAGCGAAAUAAUUACACGUUUACCAGCGAUGCAGAGACUCAUAUCCUACCGGAACUGUCCUCCCCCCAUCGAUGAGUGACAUACUGCAUAAUUUUAGUACUGCUGAAAUAUUGAAUAAAACGUUGUGGCUUCAUUUUGGUGCUUCACAGAGACAUACGCCAUGACAGUUUUAUCAUAAUUGUGAUUGGUCGAUCAUCUAGAAUAUGCAUGUCACGUGUUCAUUGGAUUCGUUACACACCAUAAUACUUGCAUGUUCAGAAAGUAAAUAAAUAUGUUUGUGUC